GUAGAAGAACAAAUUGUGUCCCCUUUACGAUGGACCGUAAUCCCGGUUUGUAAUUAUAGCCAGCAACGGCCCACGGGCCCUUUGCCAGCGAAAGCCCACAGCGCGAGAAGUGACUGAAAUGAUUUCCCGUUUUAAUUAAUUAAAUAAAUUUUCACCUUUUAUUAUAUUUCCACUCUAUGAACAUUCGCCAAUCGUCGCCAGUCAGUCGUCCCUGUCGCCGUCGCUCCUCGGUCGGAUAUCUCAUAGCGCGCGCCCCCCUUUUAUUUGUUUUCGUCUCUUCUGUUUCAAUCCUUUUCCAGUCUCCCUCUUCUUCUUCAAUUCUCCCUUUCGCCAAAAACCCAACUCGCAGACCAGAUGGCGAGUUAACGAAUCGUCCCCGCCACAACAACACUGAUCGCCGGUUCUCUCAGGAGGAGACUCGAGUAGCUGCUUUCUUCUUCAGAAUCAAGUCCCAAGAUGUGGUUACUGAGCAGCCGUAGCUCAACGAAGAAUGGUAUCUAAAGGGGACUUGAUUGCUAUUGGAGUGUCUGUAGGUUUGGGGCUUGGUGUAGUUAUAGCAGUGCUUCUGUUCGUCCUCGUGAGGUGGCAGAAGAAGCGGGCUGACGUUCGUGGCCGAAGUUUAGCCAACGAGCAGCGGAGUCCGACCUCGUCUGCGCCCAUACGAGUCAAUGGUGUGGACGCGUCGACUGAUUUCAGCGCCUCGAUAACGAUACGCGAGCCCCAGCUCGCUCACAAGGUUCCUAGCCCUCAUUCGUCUUGGUGGGGUCGGCCCAGCAAAGACCAUUUCGUAUCGGCUUCUGGGGUGCUUCGAUACUCUUACAAGGAUAUCCAGAAAGCGACGCAGAAUUUCACGACGACAGUGGGGCAGGGUUCGUUUGGAGUGGUGUAUAAGGCGGUCCUGAAUUCUGGAGACACUUAUGCUGUGAAAGUGCUUGCCUCGGAUUCCAGGCAGGGGGAGAAGGAGUUCCAGACAGAGGUUUGUCUUCUUGGGAGGCUGCAUCACCGAAAUCUAGUGAAUCUGAUUGGAUACUGUGUAGAUAAGGGGCAACGAAUGCUGAUCUAUGAGUUCAUGAGUAAUGGCAGCCUGGCAAACCUUCUAUACAAUAAUGAUGCAAUCAUUCUGAGCUGGGAAGACAGGGUCCAAAUCGCUCUGGAUAUUUCACAUGGCAUUGAGUAUCUUCAUGAAGGGGCGGUCCCAGCUGUCAUACAUCGCGAUUUGAAGUCUGCUAACAUAUUGUUGGACCUAUCAAUGAGAGCUAAGGUGGCUGAUUUCGGUCUGUCCAAGGAAGAUGCAUUUGACGAACGUAACUCCGGUCUCAAGGGAACUUAUGGCUACAUAGACCCGGUGUACAUAGCAACAAACCGGUUCACUACGAAGAGCGACAUCUACAGUUUUGGCGUUAUCAUCUUUGAACUUAUUACCGGCAUCCAUCCCCAUCAGAACCUUAUGGAAUACAUCAAUCUUGCUGGAAUGAGUUCAGAUGGGGUCGAUGAAAUAAUCGACGGGAAACUGGUGGGUAAAUGCGAGAUUCAAGAAGCGAGGGAGCUAGCAAAAAUUGGUCACAGAUGCUUGCAUAAAUUCCAAAGAAAGCGGCCAACAAUAGGUGAAGUUUCACAGGGUAUAUUGAAGAUAAGACAACGUCGCCAUGUCAGGCAAGAUACCAUGUCCACACAAGCAAGUUUCUCCAGAGUUCUAAGCAGGAUACAGAGUCAACAUAUAGAAUUGAGUAGAAUAGCCAGCAUGAAAGAGGAUGCUCCAUAAUCUUACUUUUUUUUUUUUUUUUGUGUGGCUCUCUCCUUUUCUUCUUCCACUUCUUUACUGGCUUGCCCAAUUUUUUGUGCUAUUUCAAGGUCUCACUUAUUUAGUUCCUAACUGAGACCAGAUAAUAGAGUAUAUACUAUAUCCUCAACUCCAUUUUUGCUAACUCGUUGAUAGUUUCAUCGUGUUCAAAUUUAAGAAUACAAAAUCUUUAGAUCAUUAC